AUGGUGGAGCGGUCGGACCGAGCCCCUCUCCUGGACUGGGAGGAGGUUCCGUCCGCGGAAAAGCCCGGCGGCGGUGCAGCUCCUACGGCUCCUCACGCUAAGGACCGACUGUCGAGCCCCUCCAACAGCCGUGCCUUAUCAGGAUGCUCUGGGUGGAGCAGCGGACCGGGGGGUCCCACUCCCAUCAGGGCUGCUUCAGACGGCUGCGGCGCCCCGCCCGCGACCUCCAGCGCUCCGGCGGGCUCGGAUGGAGCGCUGGUACCCGCCGAGGAGGAGCAUCUCUCGGAUGUAGGACCGAGGGAGGUGUCGCUGGAGGAGAGGAUGGUGAAUUGGGAGGAAAAGGACCAGAUUGUGUCGGUCUUUGUGGUGACAUUUAACACCAGAUCAGGAAACAUGCUGGAGUGGUGUCUGCCAAAAGACAUGGAUCUGGAGGGAGUCGAGUUCAAAGCCAUUGCCAGCGGCUCCCACCGGGUCACCACAGACUUUAUAUACUUCCGUAAGGGCUCCUACUUUGGCCUGGCCUGCUUCGCCAACAUGGCCGUGGAGAGUACGGUGGAGAGGGGGGCGAGGAUGAAGUCGGUAGGGAUCCUGUCACCUUCCUACACUCUGCUCUACAGAUACAUGAGCUUCCUGGAGCACCAGGUCAGGCUCCAGCUCCAGUCUCCAGGCCACUACUCUCCCUUGGAGGCCUUCUACGAGGACAAGAGAGCGCUGCUGCCCCCUGGUGGAGAUGCUGUGGUCACUGCGUGUCCGGCCAACGCCUGGGGAGCCGCAAUCAACCACAGCAUGCACCCUGAGAUGAAGAUCACCCACCCAGCCGGUUGCAUGUCCCAGUUCAUCCGGUUCUUCGGCGAGCAGAUCAUGGUGUUGUGGAAACUGGCUCUCCUCCGCAGACGCAUCCUCAUCUUCUCUCCUCCACCCGUGGGUGUGGUCUGCUACAGAGUGUACUGCUGCUGCUGCCUGGCCAACAUCUCCAUCCCCGGGGUCGGCGUGGCCGUGCCCGAAUUCAGGCCCUUCUUCUACGUUAAUGUCGCCGACAUCAGCGCUCUGGAGAACGAGCUCUCCUAUGUGGCCUGUACUACUGAGAAGAUCUUUGAGGAGAAGAAGGAUCUGUACGACGUUUAUGUAGAUAAUCAGAAUGUAAAGACCUACAGAGACGGUCUGAAGCCUCUGCUCCGCCUCAGCACCGCCGACAGGGAGAAAUAUCGCAAGUUAACUGAGCAAAGGCAGAUGCUGCUGUACUCCCAGGAGGAGAAUGGAGACUGUGUGUCCAGUGAAGAGGAUCUGUUUAUUCUGUUUUUCCUGGAGCAGAACAACAGGAUCUUCCAGACCCUGAGCGAGGUGGCGGGGAGCACCGACCCCACGGUGACUCAGGAGAGUGUGAGGGCCAUGGGGCUGGAUCCUCACGGAGACAGGCUCUUCCUGCUCCACCUGCUGGAGAUCUACGGAUAUGACACCCUACUGGUGUCUGAACAGCUGUGCUGCAGCUGAGAGACCUUCGGCCGUCCUGCCUUUCUUCAAACGGGGCUGAUUCGCCUUGAACCAACUCUGAGUGCUGCACUACUGACUACUGUUAGACUCCCUGAGCCUCCAGAAACUCCUCUGAAGUUGUUUUUUCUUUUGUAUCUCCAUGUGCUUCUUUCUGUGGUUCUGCUCCUUCACAAGCAACGACACAUCAACUCUUGUGGUCAGUUUUCCUUGAUCGAGCCUCGUGGAGAUAAACUCACACUUAAGAUGGAUGGAUGUCUUUUUGCAGAGCUGCAGUGUUUCAAUACUGAGCCUCUAAACAUCGGAUUGAUUAGAAAAUAGAGGAGCAAAUCUGCACUGGGGCACCUGUUAGAUGAUGAAGUGAGAGAUCUGGAGAUUUCAGCGAACAAACAUAUUGAAAAUGAACGUAUGAAAGUCAAAGAGAGGUGGACUUGUUGUAAAUAAUCCAGAUUUUUUUCCUUUUAUGUACUGUGUGUCAGCUUAUGUGUGAUUCGGAGCCCGAUUUUCUGCCAUUGUUGCUCUCCUUGUAUCAAGUGCUGGAUUGAAACAUCCAACCGUCAAAGCCUCUACGUCAAUAUCAGGGCCUCCUUUUUGUAACUGGUCAAACUGCCUUCGUCUUUGAGACUAAUCAUCACAGUUAAAGAGGCAUUUAAUGCUACAGAUCAUGGAUGUAGCCCAUUAAUUCCAUUUUCGGUGAUUCUACAUGAUCACAUGGAAACAGAGUUCAAAUGGUGGAUUUGCAAACAAGCAGUGUUAGGAUUUUUCAUUUUCAUUUCAACGCAGAGAUCGCUGAACUCACAACUUCAGGUGUUUUCCUUUAGUUUGUAGAUAUGAGCUUGAUUUUUUUAGCAGCUAAUAUGUGCAGAAGAGUUCUCAGAACAAACACAAUUCUACAACAUUUAAGCUUUGGAUAUUUUUCAAGCACAUCCCAACAGCACAAAAGAUAAUUUAGCUCCAGGAAAACAAUGCUGUGUGUUAAAGGAAAUGCAUAAGUGACAAACGAAGAAGAAACACAAGAUGUUUUUGCUGUCAGGGAUGAAGAAAAAAUCUUGAACUGGCUAUUUUUAUAACUGUAUCAUAUGACAAUGUGAAAUUGUGUUAUUGGAAAGAAGCAGCAAAGUCUGCAGCUUUACGUGGCUUUAAAGCAACUUUGGGUUUGAUCACGCUCACGUCAUUUUAAGAUGCAGCAGUUUUCGAAGCACUGAAAAGAAACUCACAGUGGAAUCAUAAAAGCAUCGCUUCAGAUAAAAGAUAAAAGUGUUUCUCCAUAAUGCUGGCUGAGUAAAUAAGCUGUUUCACCACAUCAACCUCAAAGCUGAUGAGAGUCCGACCGAUGCAGAAGAAGUAAUUUUGGGUUAUUCAAACGGUUUCAUCUCGUAGUUUUGUGCAGCAGAGCAGCACCAUUGUUUGCAAUAUUGAAAGCACCGUCUGCAGCACAUGUAGCAGCAAACGUGUCACAGCUGGGCAGACGGUGGUGCAGAGUCAGGUGUCACAGUUAGUCGCUAGUUUGUGAAAUGCAUUUCUGUAAAGUCAAUAAACAGUGACCCUCUUUUCUCUUUUCACCACUA